CAAUUAGAAAAUUAAAAGCCCUAAUAUUUUUAUCGUUCCCUCUUCUUCUCCGACGGCUCGAUUACAUUCUCCUCUGGUCCAGAACUCCAAAUCGCCGGUUAUUAUCUCUUCCCCGACGGUUGGUUUCCAGUUUCGUCACUCUCCGUGAUAUUUAACAAAGAGAAAGAAAGCACGAGUUGGCUGCAAUGUCGGAAGCAGAAAAGAAGUUGCCUUUCAUACCAGAGGAAUGGUCGGAUGCAGCAAGUUCUGUUUCCUGCAGUUCGUUGCAACCUGUUAUAGCUUUGGUCUGUGGCCCUAAAAACAGUGGCAAGAGCACAUUUUCACGCAACCUUGUUGAAGUUCUUCUCCAAAGAUACAAAAGGGUUGCUUAUUUGGACACUGAUGUUGGCCAGCCUGAAUUUACUGCACCUGGUUUUCUUUCUCUCACAGUUGUCGAUAAAUCAAUUCUAGAAUCGGAUUGGACAGUUCCAUGCGUUAAGACACCUGAAAGAUGCUUCUUCUAUGGUGAUGUUUCUUCAAAGAGGGAUCCAAAGGCAUAUUUAAGAUAUGUAUAUACCUUAUUCGAUUACUACCAGCUAUACUUCUGCAAGUCUAGCGAGAACAAAACUGAAUUGCCGCUUGUCAUUAAUACACCUGGAUGGGUUAAAGGAAUUGGAUAUGAUUUAUUGGUGGACGUACUGAGAUAUGUUUCACCUUCCCAUGUUGUGAAAAUCAACAUCUCUGCUUACAACAAGAACCUACCAGCUGGGUUGUUCUGGUUAGACGGUAAUGAUGAUGAGACAGCUCACUUGAUAGAGAUUCAAUCUGCUUACAAAGACAGAUAUAACCGAUCCGUUUUAAUACAUAAGGACGGUCACUUGAUGAGGGACAUGCGUAUAAUCGCCUACUUCAAGCAAUGCAUUAAAGGAAAAGAAGUAAACACGAUCAAAGAACUAACCCAUGAACUCGCUUCACAUACUCCUUAUGAAGUUCCAAUAUCGAGUUUGACAAUCAACCAUCUGCAUUGUCAGAUCCCAAGUACCGAAGUGUAUUAUAGUUUGAAUGCUUCCAUUGUUGGUUUGGGAGUUAGCAACGACGUGUUUGAAGAUUUGCCAUCAUGUGUAGGUCUUGGAAUCGUGAGGGGAAUUGACACAGAGAGAGGAAUCUUGUAUGUGAUCACACCAGUUCCAGAAAACGUAGUUGAGAAUGUGGAUCUUCUAUUGCAAGGCUAUAUUCAGAUACCUACUUGCCUUUUAGAGGUGAAGGAUUACAGGUCGCCAUAUUUAUCUGCCAACGUCUUAGCUUCCACCUAAAUUUUUCUUCUUCUAAGACAUUUUUUGCUCAGCUUUUUUUUUCUCUGGUUACUCUGUAUCACUUCAUCUUACCAAGUUUCAGUCUUUUUCUUUCAAAUAUACAUAUAUUUGUAACCUCAUAUUAUGAUUGCCUUACCUAAGGCAAAAUCCAAAAAUCUCAUCAAGGUUAACAAAACCAUC